AUGUACACGGCGCGCCCCAAAUCCGUUACUUCGUGCCACUUCACCACCACGGGCACAGGUGAAAGAUUGCACAUCUGUGUUUCCUCUACAAGACGCGCUAGCACCAGCGUCCCCCGAAUGCGUCGCACAUACCACACCAAAACCACUGCUGUCCCGCUGCUGGCGGUAGCGCUGCUGCUGCUGCUGCUGCUGCUGGGGGGAACCGCACACAGUGCCGCCGCGGCUGAGGCGUCGCGGGUGGUGGAGCUGACUCGUGACACGUUCGAUGCGUACGUUGGCGGGCCCGACUCGUAUACGUUCGUGCUGUACUGCGUCACGUGGUCUCGUCAGUGCAAGACGGUGACUCAGCUGUGGGAUCGCUUGUCGAUUACUCAGUCGCAGAAGGAGCUGCGGGAUGUCUUCACCGCCGCGUACGUGGACGGCGACAAGUACCCGGACUUGGUCAAGCGGAUGAAUGUGAAGGGGUUUCCGACGAUGCUGUUCUACACCCCCCUGCACAGGGAGGGGCUCGAGUACAAUGGCCCUCGCGAGUCGUACCUUCUGGACAGCUUUGUGUUUCAGUUCUCGUAG